AUGGCAGAGUUUGGCCCUACCUCUUUAGCCGCUUCAGAGAUAAAAUAUAAUAUGUACAACCAUUCAAAUUCCUCAUUAUUUGCUUCAGAGAUGAAAUAUAAUACUCACGACAAUCCAAAUUGGACUGACUUUGAAACUUUCCAAUUUUCAAAUAUUCCAAGUUUUAUUAAUAUUAUCGUCUUUAGAGUGAUUCUUUUUACUCUCUGCUUUUUGGGACUUGUAGGGAAUGGAAAAGUCAUCUGGAUCCUUGGUUUCCAUAUGAAAAUGAAUUAUUUCUCCAUCUAUGUCUUGAAUUUGGCUGUGGCUGAUUCUGGAGUACUCAUAAUGGAGGCUUUGAUGCAAAUAUCCCAGAUCCAUUAUCGAUAUAAUUUUAGAAUAGAUUUUAUUUUCUUCCUCCUUUAUUUUGUGUUAUACAAUACUAGUCAACUUUUACUAAUAAGCAUCAGUGUGGACCGUUGUGUAUCUGUGCUUUUUCCAAUUUGGCAUCGAUGCCAUCGGCCACCAAAAUUGUCCCUCACUGUGUGUGUUAUCACCUGGGUUCUGCCCAUUGUGUACUUUGCCUUGGAAAUUAUAUUUUCAGAGAGUUUUCUAUUGUUUCAACUGAUUUUUAAUGGUCUCAUUUCUUACCCACUGGUGGUCAUUUCCUCUCUGAUCCUGCUUGUUAAAAUUUUCCUUAUUCAACCCCAGCUAAAGCGUAAAAAAGUGUUGACGGUAACCUUGCUUUGUCUCAUAUGCUUUAUUGUAUUUAGUUUGCCUCUGAGUAUACUUUCCAUUAUUACUUACAGUAUACUAAGAAACAAUGAUUUACAUUCGCUAGUCAAUGCCCUGUUUGUGAAUUCACGAAGAGAAAUUAAAGUGAAGUUUGACUUUAUUUUAACUAAUGCACAUAAUGUUCUUCCCUGGAUUCAACAUAUAAUUAUUCUUGUAUUACUAUCUAACAUCUGUAUUGCAGUUAAUAGCAGCAUCAAUCCAAUUCUUUAUUUCCUGGCUGGGAGAAAUAAAGAGGAUCGAUCCAGAGUAUCCAUGAAACGUGUGCUUCAAAGGGUUUUCAAAAACGAGGAAGACACCAAAGAAGAUGGAACACAGCCUAAUGAAAGCCAGUUAUGA